AUGUAUACUUCAACAGAACAUGAAGGCAGACUGCCGAGAACUUUCCUUCCUUCGCAUUACAACCUCUACCUGGAACCUCACCUAGAACUCGAUAAACCACCAUUCCCGUUAAUUGGACAGGUCAAGAUUUAUUUCAAAUGCGUCGAGAGGACAAACAAUCUUACACUGAAUGCACUAGGACUAGAAUUGGGCAUCGCCAACAUAACUUUGAAGCAGCUGACGAUAUCUCAGAACCACUCCGUACCCAGGAUCAACGUCCUCAUCAUCAACGACUACAAGCAAAUCAUUCGCAUGAUAGUCGAUCGGGAGUUCCAGGCGGGCUUCCAGUACACCAUCACCAUCGACUACAAAGCUAACCUCACUGAAAAUGGAUAUGGAAUGUACGCUGUUCCCUACCUCGAUAAGAAUGGACGCACCAAAUAUUUAGUAGCGACACAGUUGGAGUCGAUAGGAGCGAGAAGAAUGUUUCCAGGUUUUGAUGAGGUGGACAUGAAAGCAACCUUUGAUGUCAUCGUUUCGAGGAGGAUGUCACACACCGCCGAAGGUUGGUUGAACGAUGUCUACGAGCGAAGUCCGUUGAUGAGUUGUUACUUGCUGGCAAUCGUCGUCGGAGACCUCCACUACAUGGAAUCCAAGGUGGAUGCCAGCACCAAGUACAAAGUGAGAGCUUACUCUACAGAGCGAUAUGUCCCCUACAUCUACCACCCCAGCCAGUAUUUCACGGUUCAAAUUCAAAAAUGGUUGGAAAAAGAAACAAAUGUUCCUUACGCUCUAAAAAAAUUGGAUCACAUAACUAUUUCGGUGAUUGGUGGAGCCAUGGAGAAUUGGGGCUUGAUUAUUUACGCGGAGAACGUUCUGCCGAUGAGCAACCAGACUUCCACAGCUUCCGGCUACUACACAACAGCAUUCAUAAUGGCUCAUGAACUCUCCCACAUGGCUAGCAAAAUGUUUACAAAUAUCCUGCUAACAAUCUUUCAGUUGCUGCAGACGCCUUGGUUAUUUAUAUCCAUGGUAGACGCAAACCAUACCUCCAUUUUUACAAUUAUGAAACAAUGGUACGGCAACUUGGUGACGUUCGAGUGGUGGACAGACGCGUGGCUGAAGGAGGCAAUCGCUUCCUACUACAACUUCUAUCCACUGGAGGCUCUGGGAUGGAACGGGGCUGAAUUGCAUCAGUUGGAUGGGGUGGUGCCCUACAUGGAGUUGGAUCAGACAAACAGGUCAACACCGGUCAGGAUAGUCAUCAAGUCACCGCAAGAUGCGUACCAAGCUUUUGCCAAGAGUACAUACAUUAAGGGAGGAUCUCUGAUCCGAAUGAUGGGACAAAUUAUGACUGUGCCUGUCCUCAAACUGGCUCUAACAAGAUACCUGAACAAAUACCAGUACAGUGUGGCGAACAGCGACCAGUUCCUGCAAGUCUUAACCGAACAAGCAAAAGACAGCGGGAUAACUUAUCCGGAUGGUAGUACCAUCAACUUCAAGACGCUGAUGGAUCCCUGGUUGGAUCAGAAGGGAUUUCCCAUCCUGAAGGUGGUGGACAACAACGACGGGACAGCCACAGUAACCCAGCAACGUUACUUCAACCCGUCCAACCAAUCAGAUUCCGUGGUCAGUCCCUACGGGUACAAGUGGGACGUACCUAUCCACCUCCUAGAUGACAAGAGUUCCCCGGCUGAUUGGAACAAAACUCCAAACUACUGGCUGAGAAAGACUGAUAAAGAAAUCAAAAUUAAAAUCCCGAAAAGCAGUUGGUACAUAAUCAACCCGGAUCAGAAAUUUUAUUGCAAAGUUUUCUAUGAUAAGAAACAAAGAUCUCUUCUGGCACCAAACCUUAUGGGUUCAGAGGCAAAUGAUCAGAGUAAAACUUGUGAAAAAUCCCACAGGAACGCGUACUACGGAGCCACCGACGCUUACGACAACACUCUUUCAAUAGGAAGUGAUCCAUCUUAUAAUGUCUGGAGUUUGACCUUGAGGCACGUGUAUGACCUUGAAGCCUUUUACAGGAAGGAAACUUGGUUUGCCAAGCAUACGACAUAUUUUGCCAAACACGCCGAUGCACUGCUGAAAGAAGUUGGAUAUGAAUUUAAAGUUGGCGAGCCCAUAUCAGAUACUUUCUUAAGACGAGAUGGAAUAUCAGCCGCAUGUUGGUUCAAGAGCAGCACUUGUUUGCAGUACAUAAGGACGAAGUAUCAAGAGUACAAAAAGAAUCCUAGUCUCAACUUAGUAAACGCCAACCUCCUGCCGACCACAUUGUGUGACGGUGUGGCCCAAGGAACGACUGCAGAUUGGAAUUUGAUGGCCAACGAAUAUGGAAAAAGGAAGAACUCUCCCAUCAUGGAAGAGAGGCAGAGUCUCUUGUAUGCCCGUACCUGCACUCCCAGAGAAAAUGAAUUGCAACAGAUUUUUGACGAGCUUCUGAAAGGAAAUGGUACUUUCUUCAACACAGCUGACCUGGGCUCUGCAUCCAUCUACCUGGCAGGCACUCAGUACGGAGCCAGAAAAUACUGGGAGUACUUGAAUAAAAACUGGAAAACUUUUCCAAAUCAGUUUCGUUUAUUUUCUCAAAAUUUUUUAGAAAUUUAA